UUGCUAACAUGCUGGCACGGUAUAGGCCAAUUUUCUCGUCCUCUUCCUUACACUGAAGUCUGUAAUACCCACCUUCUCACUUUUUACUUCUCGGGAGAGGAUGGCUCUCUUUCUUCCAUCACUGCGGUUUACUAUUUCUCACUCACUGAGCUUCUGCCAUCACUGCCUUCUAUCACUUUCCCAAUGCUUUAUCCCCACAUGCUUCUCUUUCUUUGGACCCAUUUUGCCUAUGUAAAUUUACAUUUCACCCAAACGACAACGACAAUGCGAGACCAAGUAAACAUCGCGACUUUAUUUUGGCAUCAACGUGGAUCUGAAUUCUGAAGCAUUUCAAUUUCUGUGUUUUGGUUGUUUCCUGUGGCCUGAGGGGGUUAAGUACCUAGAAAAAGCGUUGCUGCUUGGAGAUUUCUUGUGGCAUUGGUGUGAGCAUGGGAUCCAGUAGCAGCAAAGCCACUUCUUCUUGCAGUUCGUCGCCAUCUUCUGGCAGUUUCCGGAAGGCUCGAUCUAAGAAAGGGCACGGAGGACUUCAGUCGUAUUGUCUGGGAACAACCUCUGGAUCUCAUGACGACCAGGUUUGUGAUCAGAGUAAAGUAAAUGGCAGUGGUGUCAUAUACAGCAGUUGCACCAAAGCACACUCAAAUGAGAUGAAAUCAAAGUCUUUUAGAGACAAUAAAACGAAAACAUCUGAUGACACGCCUUCCAGCAUUGACCUUAAUGAGUGGGCUCAAACAAGCAUCUCCAGUAAUUCCUCCAGAACUCGUAGCCGAUCUACUCGUACUUCUUCAACUGGUAGUCGAUUUCUUUCUCGGUUUGGCCUUAUUCCUGGUAAUAUAAGCUUUAGACUUAGCAGAACCAGCAGUGUAGGGUCAUCAAGGUCUUGCCAUGUUUCUUCUACUUCAUUGUCAAUAUUCAACAAUGAAGACGACCUUAGUCUGCAUCCAGGACCAAAUGGCAGCUUGGUUAAUAGAAACGAAACUCAACAAUCAUCAGGUUCGUCUGGCAACUUGCAGUGCAAUCCCUCAGUUUCUUCCAUUCAGAACGUGGUUAGAGAUGGGAAUAGUUCAUGUGAAGGGCUGGAUAUAAACUUGUUUUCUCCAAGAACUCAUGCUGAGACUGAAAAUGUUGAAGUUCGGCGAAAUGGAGCUCGAGAACCUGUUGAACGGAAUUUCCAGUAUAGCCGAACUCUAAGUGUUGGGAGGCUUCGUGAUAGAGUUCUUCGUCAAUCAACUUUAUCUGAUGUCAGCUUUUGUCCCCAGCAACAAGAAAGAGAAGCAAGGGAUACUAGUGAGGACAAUGAAAGACAAGCAGGGGAGGGACAUUCAAGAGUAUUACCAUCUUUUGGUAAUGCUAUAAUUUCUUCUUCUUUGUCUGGUUAUCCUCCACCCAGUAUGUCUAACUCCUUAUUCAACGUGCAAGACAAUGAGGUUGAGAAUUCACGGUCUAGAGAAUCUAGGUACCAAGAUCUGCUGGAACACAGGUCCAACUUCCUUGAACGGAGAAGGAGGAUAAGAUCCCAGGUUCGUGCUCUUCAGCGGUUGGGUAGCAGGUUUGAGAAUCUAUCUGGACAUGACAGAUCUUGUAUCUUGUCUGGUCAACAUAGAAAUGGUCAUUGUACAUGCCGAAUUGGUAGUCGUGAUACUAGUUCAAUUGAUGAUACUGGUACUAGAGCUAGCAUAUCAAGAAUUGUAAUGCUAGCUGAAGCCUUAUUUGAGGUUCUGGAUGAAAUUCACCAGCAAUCUGCGGUUUUAUCUUCUCGCCCUUCUGUGUCUUCCAUUGGAUCUGUUCCUGCGCCUAAUGAUGUUGUGGAGUCUUUGCCAGUCAGAUUAUACACAAAGUUGCAUAAAUAUCAAGAGGAUGCUGCCCAAUGCUAUAUAUGCCUAGUGGAAUAUGAGGAUGGAGACAGCAUGCGUGAGCUGCCUUGCCAUCACCAAUUUCAUAAAACAUGCAUAGACAAGUGGCUCAAGGAAAUUCACAGGGUAUGUCCACUUUGUCGGAGGGACAUCUGUAUAUCUGAUUCACUGUCAAUGGAAAAUUAAGGUGCUAGUUGUUAUUCGGAACCUACCAAAGAGGCUUGAAGCUCAUUGUUGUGCGACCCUCCGGGAAAAAAUUUUUAAGUAGUUCAUUCCUUUUCUGCCAGUAUUAUCAUUUUUGUCCAAGGAUUAUUUACUGUCGUUGCUCAAUGUAACUUCAUUGUGGCAGAAAUGGGCUGAACUAUUGCUUUCUGUGCCUUAAUCAGCAAACGAAAAAACUAAGAAAAGAGGGAUGAUAUUUUUCAAGGAGAAACACUGAAUACGUUUCUGAAAAAGGGAUCAAACACUUUUGUAUCUUGCAGAUAUUUUUGUCAUUGUGAAGAGUCGUCAUCUUGCUUCACACUUGCAGCUAAAUGUGCACACUGUUUUCAAAACCUACUCUGGGUUCUGGCAACAAUUAUUGGUAUGCUUCUUUUAGGUGUUGAUUAUACCACCAAAAGAAGAAAAAUCAGUAAAAUGAGUGCCUUUUGCUUCCCCAUCUUUGACUGCAA